AUGGCCUCAGACGAGGCGCUCUACCUCUCCACAGAAAACUUGGACAUUACCUCAGAUGUGGAGCUGGACCAGAUCGCUAUGGAUGCCAUUCCUAUAGAGACUAUGUCCCUCGAUGCCUUCGAGGAGUACGAAGAUCUCAGCGGCAGUUGGAUCUAUGGAGGCCACAACCACCCACCUCUGAUAGGGCUGCAGCCACUCUUCCUUAACAACGGGGACCCUGAUCAGGACUUGAUCAUGGUGCAGACACAAGAAGAAGUUGUGGGGUACUAUGACUCUGACAACCCACAGGCUAACAAUGACUUUGAGGACCAGAUGGUCAUCCCGCUUGGGAACGAAGAUGGCUUCUUCCGACAGACCCUUGCUUCUUUGACAGCUUCUGCAUCAACAUCAAAACCGACCCGCAGCAAGAAGCGCAGCAAGAAGGCCGGUAGCAAGAGUCAAACCAGCACGCUGACCAAGCAGGGAGGCAGCAGCUCGGACGUGGGCAGCAGUAGGAAGUGGGAGCAGAAGCCGGUCCAGAUCAAAACCCUAGAGGGUGAGUUCUCUGUUACCAUGUGGUCCCCUGUUGAUCAGAAAGAGGCAGGAACUGAAAGACAAACUGAUAACUCAUCUCCUGAUUAUUCCGAGUACAUGACUGGGAAGAAACUUCCUCCUGAGGGCAUACCUGGCAUGGACCUCUCCGAUCCCAAACAAUUGGCACGAUUUACUAAAAUGAAGCCCAAAAAGCCCAAGGAAGAUGUUCCCAGAACGGUACCUUGCCCUCAUAAAGGCUGCGGCAAGAUGUUCCGAGAUAACUCCUCGAUGAGAAAACACCUGCACACCCAUGGCCCCAGAGUCCACGUUUGUGCUGAAUGCGGCAAAGCUUUUGUGGAAAGCUCAAAAUUAAAACGGCAUCAGCUAGUUCACACUGGAGAGAAGCCAUUCCAGUGCACAUUUGAAGGCUGUGGAAAACGUUUUUCCCUGGACUUUAAUUUGCGCACUCAUGUGCGAAUCCAUACGGGAGAUAGGCCCUACGUGUGCCCUUUCGACGCUUGCAAUAAGAAGUUUGCGCAGUCAACUAACCUGAAGUCGCACAUCCUAACUCACGCCAAGAACAAAAGCGGCCAGUGAAAAGAAGAGAGAAGACCCUUCUCAACUCGGGAAGUGUAUGCCAGCAGUUGCAGUUGAAAAUAAAAUUGCAUCUCCUUUGUGUGUUGUUUCUAGAAAAGAGU